AUGACCUUGCACUUCGGAAAGACCACCCAGACGCUUCCUCUCACCAACCUAUCAAAGACUUGGCCCGUCGAUUCUCUCUCCUCAUUGCUUAUGGUCGUCACGGAGAGUCGCAGUCAAGGCUGCCUUCCAACAGGCGCUCUUCAAUCCUCCACAAACACUCCGACGGUGACAUCUGGCACGGCGACUCCAGAGCCUUUCAGUGUGUCUUCGACGAUUGUCCACAGCGCAAUACAUGAUAUUGAACACGCUCCCGUCAAGAACGACCCUCGGGCAUGGUCGACGAACACCAGUUUGGCGCUCGUCGCGUCGGCUGCUAUGAUCGCUGGCCUUGCAGGGAGCAUCCAGAACCCUGCCGUUCAGGAGAUGGAGGACGACCUGUCGGCAACGAGCUCACAGUUCAGCUUGAGCAUUGCCAUGUUCGUUCUUAUUCAAGGACUUGUGCCGUUAGUGUGGAGUGCCGUCAGCGAAGUGAAAGGUCGCAAGGUGGUGUACAUCGUAUCACUGUCGCUGUUCACGCUUGGCACGAUUGUGGUCGCCCUAAGCCGAAACAUUAAUCUAGUAAUUGGUUUCCGGUGCUUGCAAGCAGCGGGAUCAAGUGCCGUCAUGUCCAUCGGAGCCGCCACUCUUGCAGAUAUCUUCGAACCUGAGGUGCGCGGUACCAAGAUGGGAAUAUUCUACAUUGCUCCUCUUCUUGGGCCGGCCAUUGGGCCCAUAUUUGGCGGUGUCUUAACCUCAGCAUGGAAUUGGCGUGCUAUAUUCUGGUUCCUCGCAAUCGUGUCAGGUUCCAUCCUGCUUGCAUUUGUCCUUUUCUUCCAUGAUACAUUCCGUUUUGAGCGGAGUCUCACAUACCAGAGUCUGCUCAGCCAACGCCUUCGUCAGCAUGCAAGAUCGUCUCCAAUGCGAAACGGUUUAGAGAAGACUGAGGAAACACCCCCCGAGUUAAACAAAACCGUCAAGCUCUCGAUAAUGGAUGUGAACCCCUUCAAACCUGCGAUCAAGGUACUUCAAAGAAAGAAUAACAACGUCAUCCUUUUCACCUCCGGGUUAUUAUUUGCAUUUGCAUUCCUAGUGCCGUAUACGAGUGCACGCACACUCGCUAUUUUCUACGACUAUAGCCCGCUGAAGAUCGGACUGGUCACCCUCUGUUACGGUGCAGGCAAUGUAGCUGGAAGUCUACUUGGUGGUCGGUGGUCGGAUCGCUCGCUUGCCCGACUGAUGACCGAAGAUGGGAAGGCGAGAAACCCUGAGAUGCGUUUAAGAAGCACGAUCCUCGGCGUCUGCCUUCUGCCCCCGUGUUCGAUAGCGCUUGGGUGGGUAUGUAAGAAGCAUUUGCACGUCUCGACUAUUUGUGUUUUCCUCUUCUUCUGUGGAUUCUUCAACGUGUGGAUCUACACGAGCACGUUGGCCUACAUUGUGGACGCAAAUUCGGGCCGGUCUUCAACGGCGGCUGCAGCAAACAGCGCAUUCAGAGGUAUUUUCGCCUUUGCUGCGACCGAACUUGCUGUUCCAAUCCAGGAUGGCCUGGGGGAUGGGUGGACAUAUACCAUCUUGGGAGGAUUCAUGGCGUUGAGUGGCUCCCUCGUUCUCCUUGUAUGCUGGAAAGGGGCACAGUGGCGUCAAGAAGCUGAGACAAGAGAGGCAGCUGCGCAGAAAUAG